AUGCGAAAUGUCACGGACCUGGAUGACAGCGGUGGUACGUACGCACUACGGGAUCUUGGCAUCACAACAACAACUCAUCGGCAGGAGUGCAGCUUCGGCCACGCAGUAAUGGCCUUCAUCCACGAGUACCCCAUACUGCACCCUCUGCAGUGGGUUCACUUUGUGAUCACGCUGCUGACCUACUUCUGGACCAUCCUCUGCUUCAUCGGCAUCUAUGGGGUCCUCGUCUCCACGCUCCGUCGCGCCCCCCUUGAGAUCAGCGAAUGCCUGGGCAGCCUCCGGCAGCAGUUGUGCGAAGAGCGCUGGGCGCUGAGGCAGCAGACCCGCGAGCUGCGGGCCAGGAUCGCCUCGGCCAGGGCAAAGGGCGAGCGAUACCGGGUCGGGGCGGACGUCGUCAACCACCAUCACCACCACAACCGGCACGACAGGAGGAGGAGGAGGAGCAGGAGGGGCGACGGCGGCUACUGCAGCGACGAGGCGGACUGCUCGCCGUGCGGCUUGGACGACUGCUGCCCCGGGGAAGGGUCGCUGGAGCUGAUGAGACUCACGCUCUCGGAGCACACGCUGACGCUGCACCACUCCCUCCUCAGGGACUGUUGGCGGCAGUUCAAGGAGCUGGAGCGGCCGUUCCUCGUCGCCCCUGCCGUGGUGGCCAAGACCGUCAGGGACGACGACAGGUGGAGUGAGGACGAUUUUGUCCAAGUCAAGAUCAGGGCCGACGUUGAGGCGCACGGAGAGGCGGGGAGCUUCUCGGGGUGGACCGCAACUUACAGCUGCACCUUUAUGCAGCGGAUUACCUGGUACCGGACCAAAGACAACGUUCGACACCUGGGUGACAAGCUGCAACGACUGAUGAUGCAGCGGAUGGCCAGAGAGGUCAGCCACAUCCGCAUGAUGGUCAAAGGCCUUGUCCGCCACGAGGCCGUGGAGGUCGAACCGCCCAAGAAGCCGGCCUGCGGCUGCGCCGGGGGCUGUACUCAUCAGGUGCAGCUCAAGGUGGAGCAGGUGCACUGCCACAAACUCGCAAGCGAGGAAACCUGCAGUUCGAGCAACAGCAGCAGCAGCAGCAGCAACAAUACCAAUAAACCGCCAGUGGAGACAAAAAAGUGUGAAGAGCGGAGGGAGAAGAGCGUCGUGUCGGUGCAGAGGUUUCGCGAGGAUGAACAGGUUCGCCUUGGCUUGCAACGUCGCAUUUCGGAGCGCACGACUCGUCCGUCCGACGGGAGGAGCGGGCGGCAGCGGAGACGGACCUCCUAUGUAGUGCAACGUUCGUCCAGUGAGGGGGGCUUGAAGACGGUUCAAGUUGGCCAGUGA